AUGAAAUUUCUCUAUGGAUUUUUCUUAUCAUUAUAUCUUUUAUUUGAAAUAUGCUUGGCUUUUGAGCAAAGAUAUAAGAUUGCUCAUGGUCAUAUUGCUGACCCAGAGUCAUAUCCAUUUGUUACCAAAAUAUCAAUGGGAGAACGUUUCAAGAUGAACAAUAAAUUUGGUGUAUGCACAGGAAGUUUGAUAUCGCGCUCAGUAGUUAUUACUGCUGGUCACUGCGGUGGUAAUUUUUCAGCAAGCCUUAAAUUUAAUAAAACUGGGAAAUUUUUAAAAUUGGUAGCAAAGAUUCCUUCUAUUUCCAAUAAUGAAAAAUACAAUUUAUUUAAUUUGCUUAAUUCUGCACAUUUGCUUUAUGGUAGUGAAGAAAUGAAACAUUACAAAGUAUACUAUGCAGCUGAAUUUUAUAAGAAGCGCGACUAUGAACAAGAGCUUUAUGAAACCUACCGAAGUUCAGGAAAAUUUCAUCAGCUUAUGACUAAUGAGGAGAUCAGCGACGUUGGAGAAGUUUAUGAUAUUGGAUUAUUUGCUUUAGAAAGACCGGUACCUGUUAAUAAUUCGGCUCGAAUCUACAGAUUCAUCAAAUUACCAGUGAAAGAUAUAAAUGCGACUGUUUGGAUGCCCAUUGACCAGCCUAUUCGGAAACUUUCUUGUGAAACCCUAGGCUAUGGUGCCCAUGAACGUGGUUAUAGUGAUGAAAAUUUAAGGCGACUCGGUAUAAAGUUUCACUUUAAAUAUAAAAAGACAAUAUUUUCACCAUUGUUGUCUUACGAUCAAAAAGGUCGUAGAUGUCAGGGUGAUUCUGGCGGACCUUUGAUUUGCCGUUUGCAUAACGAAACUUUUCUGUUCGGAAUCACAGUUGGUCGUGUUGGCGGUCAUGGGAUGUUUCCAUAUCCAGUGCUUGAGAGGAAUUGUGAUGGUGAGAAAUUUGACUUGCUUUACACCAUUUCAACUGAUCUGCGUGAUUUUUUGGCAGCGAUAAGAAACUUACUCAUUCAAAUGGGAAAACUGGAUGAAAGUGAAACGAAAACGGUUUACUUUUUAUCAUUUGGAUAUUUACAAAACUAUGGUUUAAGUAAAUGCGUUUUGCCCGAUAUUGAUUCUGAACACCAUUUGGUUAGUUGUUCUGAACAUUUAACUGAACAUUUGACUGAAUAUUUUAAUACGUAA